AUGCCUGACGAGCAGAAAUAUGCCAAGCUUUUAGAGCUUUUGGCACAUUACGACUAUUUGUUGGAACAACUAGAAGUCACCUUCAGUGACGGUUUCCAGCAUUUAAGUAGAGCUAACUUUCACAAUAAAGAUUCUAUAAGAGGGCGAUAUGGCAGUGACUACUGGGACGAGCACUUCAAGGGCUCUCAAUUCAUAUCUUGUAGAAAUUCCAACUUUGCUGCGAUGGAGCCAGAGAGAGCAUUGCAAUAUUUAGCACAAUUUGAGUCAGACUUGGAAGACGAGCAGGAGGAAGACCAGCUGGGUAAGGACCGAAAAGAAAGCUCCUUAACAAAUCGUAAGGAAGGAAAAAAAUCUAAAUCUAAACCUACCACGACCUUAUACGACCCGAUUCUUAUGUUCGGCGGAGUUCUGUCGAUUCCCACGUCUCUAAGACAGUGUCAGAGCAGUUUUAAGGGUAGUAUAGGACUAUUAAUUGAACUGGUCAACUGUCGAAGAAAUAUCGAGCAACUCGGAUCAGAACUCAAAUCGUGA